UUCUCCAGGUCGUGGUGGCGUACGGAACAAUAAGUUGACAGUCUGUGUCUAUAUUGUCAAACGGUGAAUUAGACUCCUUUCUUUUGUUUGUCGGGUUAAGAGGUACCAUGAGCGGCAGCUGGUGGAGCAGUGCAGCGGUGACCCACGGGCUCAUAGCUCUGUUCGCCAUGGGCUCUUGGAUUUCCGUCAACAGUCUGUGGGUCGAGCUCCCGGUGGUUGUCAGUGUGCUGCCCGAAGGAUGGAACCUGCCUGCGUAUCUCUCUGUGCUGAUAGCCUUUGGGAACCUCGGGCCUAUAGCAGUGACUAUCACACAUCACUGUGCUCCUGGACGUUUAAACGAGCGAAUCAUCAUCCACUGCAUCCAGCUGCUGGCGGUAGCAGCGUCCGCUCUCCUGGCUGUGUUCUGGUCACACACGGUCGCAAUAGCAGGAGAGGAAAGGUCCCUGCUGUUCCUGAUCUUUACUUUUGUGUUAGCUUUGGUCUGCUGCACGUCCAACGUCACCUUCCUGCCUUUUAUGUACCGUUACCCCCCUGAGUUUAUCCGCACUUUCUUCAUCGGUCAGGGCUUCAGUGCUUUGUUCCCAUGUAUCGUGGCUUUAGGCCAAGGUGUCGGCAAGCUGGAGUGUAAAACCGAGAAUGGCACAGUGAGGCCAGAGUAUUUAGAGGAGAACUUUCCUGCACAGAACUUCUUCUGGUUCCUGUGUGUCAUGCUGUCAAUCUCUUGUGCGAGUUUCUGGGCAAUAACUCGGAGACAGACAGAGACACAGAAAGAUGCACUGCCUCAGGAGAAUGACAACACAACAGCUGCUAAAAACGGAGAGGAAACACACCCGCUACAUAACGGAGCAACCACACCGGCGUCUGAGGAGCAGGUACAGGUGGAAGAACAACCACCUGUGCAGACAUUUUGGACACAGAGGAAUGUCUACCUGCUGUUCCUGCUCGCUAUCUCCAACGCUCUCACUAACGGGGUCCUGCCUUCUGUGCAGAGUUUCUCCUGUUUACCUUAUAGCACAAUGACUUUUCAUCUCUCUGUGGUUCUUGGAAACAUAGCAAACCCCCUGGCCUGCUUUCUGGCCAUGUUUGUUGUCCUAAGGUCCUCCUCUGUUCUGGGUCUGUUGUCUUUAGCAGGAGGAGCAUUUGCAUCAUAUCUGAUGGCCUUAGCAGCACUCAGCCCCUGUCCUCCUCUCCUAGGAAACCCUGCAGGCAUGGCUUUGGUGGUCAUCUCUUGGAUCUUUUUCACUGGCCUCUUCUCCUAUCUGAAGGUGGUGAUUGGGACAUUGCUCCACGAGGCUGGUCACGCUGCCCUGCUGUGGUGCGGCAUCUCCAUCCAGGCCGGCUCCCUUAUCGGAGCCCUCAGCAUAUUCCCCCUGAUCAACGUCUACCACGUGUUCAAAAGCGCUCAGGAAUGUGUGAAUAACUGCAGUUAACAGAGGGGAGAUAUAUUCUGAUAUCAUAGACAGAGUUUGCAUUCAUGUUUGGGAAAUCCCUGUUUUAACCCUGUUUUGGGGUUCUGGUUCCUGAGUGGAGCACCUGAUCUGUCUUUGCCUCAUCUUUGUCUCAUUGAGAGGCGAGUCCGUGAGAGUACAAACAUUCUCACAUAAUGGGAGCAUUGUGUUACUGCACAUUGGCCGAGGGGAUGAGAAAUGCAUAUGAUGCAGUAAUACCACAAGUGCUUUGUGUGGUGUUUUAUAAAGGAGUUGUUUACAUCAGUAAACAGCUUCUGGUGGAUUUGUUUGCCACAAUAACAGACAUUUGGAAAGCUUCCCUCAGGGACACCAUGAUGAACGUAUUCAUCCACAUUUGUAUUCAAUUAGUGAGAAGUAUUUCCACUAAACUCGAGUCCUGAUUAUGAAAAAGAGUCAUGUCGUGUUAAUUUGUACUCUUUCAUUCUUUUUAAGCCACUACCUCCUCCCGGUGAGUUGUGUCAUAAAUCGUGAUCAUAUUUACAGUUUCAUCUCCUUCAGUUUAGUUGUGCUGAUGUCAGUGUUAUGAAAUAGUUUAACAAGCAAAGCAUUAACUGAAAACAGAUUUCAUUCCUUUAUUUUAUGCUGAAAUAUUCUUGAUGCCUGAAAAUGUUCACUAAGAAAGUAAGAAUAAUCUUUCUUAGAGGUGUCUUUGUUUCUUAUGCUGUUUUAUAAAGAAAAUUGUGUAAUUUGAUCAUCAGUUUGAUUUUUUUUCAAUACUACGUUCUUUAUCUGUUGUCAUAUUAAUGUUUGGGAACAGUUUUGAGCCCUGAUGAACCGUUUUGAAAUAUUUGUCUUUAGAUAGCAGUAAUACAAUGUAUGUCUUUGAGAUGCACUAAUACCUCAUGAGGUAGUUUUAUUAAUCGUUCAGCGACAGCAUGUCUGGUAUAACAUCUUUAAACUCAUCACAGGUUUACAGAGGAAAAAUAUCCGUUAACGCUGCCUUAAUGUUACUGCUUUCAGCUUUUUUAUCCAUUAAAUUCUGAGCCGAUUCACCAAUUUGGGACUGAACACUGCAGUGAUUUACUUUCAUGAUUUUAUUGUUAUGAUUGUCACUUUUAUUGAUUGUACAUUGUUUUGGGACAUAAAUGGAAUCAGGUUAAGUUUAAUUAUGGAAUUUGUCCAUUGGUGUAACUUGUUUUCCCUUUUUUAAGUUCAAAUGACACCAA